AUGGUUUUUGGACCCAUGUAUCGAAGGGACGAGCGUGAAUCCAUUAAAAACAACACGCUUGCAAAUAAAUUUUUGGUUCAUCUGGAUCCCACGGUGUUCAUACCUGCCUUAACACGCCUUUGUAUUUAUGUUCCUUCACACUUGAGUUCACAGGAGAACAAUCAAUUCGGUGUUUGGAAGUGGCUGACUUUAUGA